GUCAUCCAAAACUCUGGGGAGGGAAAAGGUUAGGGAUGUGCGUAUCGUACCGGCAAUAUCGGCUGUCGCGAAAAAAACAAGUCAUAUGUUAGCAAUCCAGGUUGUGGAGAUCCGGGACAGAAGGGAUGGAAGCGCACUGUCGUUGGCUUUGGCUGUCGGGGCGACGUAUGGAAUGACUGAAUAUUGUCAGUUUUCUUCCCCCAUUUGUGCGCUGUGCUUUGGAGGUAGAGUGGGGGAGGGAUUACUUAGAUCAGCGCGUCGCUGGUCUUUGAGGUUCUUGUUCGACAUUCUGGAGCUCUUGAAGGGUGUUUUUGUGUGGUGGAUCAGAAUAUUGUACAAGUGUGGUUUCGAGGUCAGAGGCGGGCUUUUUGCGGUAAAGUGCAAGCUUGAAAUCUUGGGUCAUUGGGUAAAUGGGAAUUCAAAAGUGUCCAGUUGAGAUGAGACAAUGAUAUUGUACUCGUAUAGGUAAGCAACGACUACAAAUGCAGGUAUGAUACCGUAUUCUGGAAAAUCGCUUGCUCCAAAGGACAGCUUUUCCCUUUCCCAUUCGUUAUUUUCGGACCCCCAAGAUCUUUUUUAGUCAUCCGAUGAGAGCAACAGCCACCGGCCGAGGGAUAGGGUGGGUGACGCCAAGACAUUGGGAGAAGAAGGGAAGGAAAAAAAUGGUAUGAGCCUCUUCGAAGUUCCCUUCACCCAUGGACUUCGCCCCACAACUGCGGUUCACAGUCGCCUUUCACAAUGCCCCGAAGCAAAAAGGAAAGAGAAAUAUCUACUCCACCACCUAACGAGGAACCUGAUGCAGAUGGUACCAAAAUCGAAGAUGCGACAGAAGAGCCCACCAGGACCCGAGAGAAGAAGUCGAAGAAGGGAAAGAAUGGAAAGGCCAAGAAAGACGAAAGGCGCAAAAACGGUAAGGGUGCAGGUGCACAGCCAGAGCACAAGGCUGAGGAACCAACCACCCAGGAGACUGCCGAGGGCGACAACUCAACCCCAUCCAAGAAGCGAAAACGAGAUGCCGCUGUGGAGGAGAUAAAAAUCGAUAUCAAUGCUCCGGAACCACCAUCCAAGAAAGCUCUACGAAAACUCAAAAAGUCUGGCGCUACGUCUGCUUCCGCUGGCAGUGGUUCUACCGGCACUACCAGUGGUGCCCUUACAGCCCCGACCACUGCCCCCGCCACAGCCCCUAAAUCCGAAAAGUUCCCCGAACAUGCAUCUCAAUCUCGCUCCAGGUGGGGCGUCUGGAUAGGCAACCUAGCAUUUUCAGUAACGAAGCCGGACCUGGAGACCUUCUUCACCAAGCCCCCUUCGACGAUCCCCCGCAUCGGGAUAACCCGUAUCAACCUUCCGACGAAUCCGCAAACCCGCCGUAACAAGGGCUUCGCCUAUGUGGACUUUUCCGGCCAGGAAUCGCUCGACUAUGCACUCACCUUGACGGAGAGCUUGUGGAACGGUCGUCCGGUUCUCAUCAAAGACGCCAAGGACUUUUCAUCCAGAACCCCCACCCCGGCUGUUAAGUUGGGUGCGGACUUGAACAAGCACCCGCCAAGCAGGAUUCUUUGGGUGGGCAACCUGGACUUCACUACGAAGGAGGAGGACCUGGCAAAGCACUUCGCCUUCGCGGGCAAAAUUGUCAAAGUCCGCCUGACCACGUUUGAGGACACGGGCAAGUGCAAAGGUUUCGGGUUCGUUGAUUUUGAAGAUGAGGAGAGCGUAAAGAGGGCGAUGCUAGGGCUCUCCCCAGAGGACAAAUCAAAGCUCGAGAUUGCCGAGGGCAGGGAGGAGGAGGAGCUGGACAGGUUGCGCAAGAAACGAGGUUUCAUCGGAAGCCGGAAAGUCAAGAUGGAAUACGGGGAGGACCCUUCCACGCGUUACAGGAAGCGCUUCGGGAAGGAGAAGGAUGGCCAGGUGAAUGAGGACGUCGUCGCCAAAGGAGCUCCUGUAGCGCUCAUGGGAUCUCGAGGCAGACUCGCCGCCACCGGUGGCGUUACAGAGCCAGAAAAGGACACGAAGGCCAGCGAGAAGAGGAGCAAAUUUGGCAACCCAAAACGCCCAUCCAAUCCGGGAGCUGUCUAUUCGAACGACUCACGACGGACUGGUGCAAUUACGGGGAGCACAGGGAAACGACUGAAAUUUGAGUGAGACAUUAUUUCAUCAUUCGAGUGAGACGUCGUGCCGGAACAUUUGUACCUAUCCAGCGCUUGGGCUCGCGAAGCGUGGAAGCCCAGUCGCUAUAUAUAGCUUAGUAAGCCCGUGAUGGCAAAAAUGAGACACUCCGCAUAUAUUU